AUUGGUAAAAGAAGGGGUGUGCGCGGUUUGUGUACACAUGCGUAUCCAGUCAUCGAACGAUAGUAUUUGGUUGAUCAGUUACUGAAGAAUUGCUAAAGAACACAUGCAGAGCGUUGUUGGUGGUGUAUUUUGUGCCGUUUUGUAGGUUUUUGCAGUUAUCUAAUAUACAGGUUACCAUACGGACGUGACAAUGGUAGACAAAAAAGGUGAGACGCUUCCUGUGCGUGCUUUUAUGGGAAUAUUGACAGCCAUUGUAUGGACUUACGACAUACUAUCUUACCCAUUCUGUUACCUGUUGACAAUGAGGGAGCGACAGAGGCAGAAUCAGAUUAAGGGUGAACCCCUGAAUGGUAAUCCAUCCGAUCCUUACCGUGACUCCACUCACUUGCACGGUCUGAAGACCACGAUGUAUGAAAACUGUUACACAUUGGAUUUAUUAUUCGACAAAGCCGUGGAUCAGUUUGCGGAUUUGAGGUGUCUGGGAACACGUGAUGUACUACAAGAGGAAGAUGAGAAGCAAGCUGAUGGUAGAACAUUUAAAAAGGUUGUUUUAGGAGAUUACAAGUGGAGGACGUUCAGAGACGUGAACGAAGAAGCUGAGAAUCUUGGGAAGGGUUUGCUCGCUCUGGGAAUGAAACCGAAAGAAAACAUUCUGAUAUUUGCUGAAACCAGAGCUGAGUUUCAAAUUGCACUCAAUGCCUGUUUCAAGUUUAACUUUCCAGUUGUUACUUUGUAUGCAACAUUAGGAGAGAAGGCCAUAGCAUAUGGUAUUAACCAAACAGAAGUAACGCAUGUGAUAACGAAUGCGAGUCUUCUACCAAAACUAGCUGCAAUUAAAAAAGACAUCCCUAAUGUUACAAACAUUAUCUACAUGGAAGACCAACUGAAAAAGAUAAGAAGUACAGAUUUCGACAAUGGGGUUAAAGUUCACUCUUUCUCGUCUGUCAUUGAGAAAGGUUUGAACACAGUAGAUACUGUGCGCGCUGAACCUCAUCCAGAUGACAUAGCAGUAAUCAUGUAUACUAGUGGAUCAACAGGUGCUCCCAAAGGUGUGUUGAUCUCCCAUGGCAACAUGGUUGCAUUCCUAGCAGGUGCCUCAUCAAGAAUUGGCAAAUAUGGACCAGAAGACACCUGUAUCUGUUAUUUACCUCUAGCCCACGUACUGGAACUUGCUAGUGAAUUGGCAUUGCUAGCAAAGGGUGUAUCUAUUGGCUACUCAUCACCUCUGACCCUGACUGAUACGUCUAGCAAAGUAAAGCGAGGCUGCAAAGGAGACAUCACUGUCCUGCAACCAACGCUUAUGCUAGCAGUCCCGCUUAUUGUUGACAGGAUCUACAAUGGAGUAAUGGAUAAAGUGCAGGCUAUGGCUCCACUGCAGAAAGCAUUGUUUGAAUUCGCUUGUCAUUAUAAAUCAACUCAAAUUGAUCGUGGAUUCUCAACUCCAAUUUUCGACAGGAUUGUUUUUUCUAAGUUAAGCAAUCUUCUUGGUGGACGUGUGCGUAUUAUCCUGUGUGGGGGUGCUGCACUGUCUGCUACUCUUCAACGUUUCAUGCAUGUGUGCUUCUGUUGUCCCAUGUUGCAAGGUUAUGGACUCACAGAGACUUGUGGAGGUGGAACCAUUGUGCAACCUGGAGACCAUACAUUGGGUCAUGUUGGUGCACCACUCAAUUGUUGUGAUAUCAAACUGAUAGAUUGGCCAGAAGGUAACUACAAUGUCGCUGACAAACCAAACCCAAGAGGGGAGGUGUUGAUAGGUGGAGGAAACAUCACUCUGGGCUACUACAAAAACCCUCAGAAAACACAGGAAGAUUUUCUGGUGGAAAAGGGCAAGCGUUGGUUUAAGACUGGUGAUAUUGGUGAGAUGAGGCCGGACGGUACACUCAAGAUUAUUGAUCGUAAAAAGGAUUUGGUGAAAUUACAAACUGGCGAGUACGUGUCGCUUGGCAAUGUGGAAUCUACACUCAAGAAAUGCCCCCUGGUCGAGAAUGCGUGCGUGUAUGCUGAUGGUGACUUCACCUACUGUGUCGCCCUCGUCAUUCCCUACAGGAAAAACCUUGAGGCAAUGGCUGAUACUAUGGGCCUCUCUAGCAUGGAUUGGGAAGACCUAUGCCAUGAUCAAUCUAUAACAAAAGAAGUUUUAAAAGCGAUACAACAGACUGCAAAGGGCGAUAAACUACAGAAGUUUGAAAUUCCCACCCAAAUAAAACUCUGUUCUGAAAUGUGGACGCCAGACUCUGGGCUUGUCACAGAUGCCUUCAAACUCAAGCGUCGCCCUCUAGCUGACUUCUACCAACGAGAUAUCAAGAAAAUGUAUGGGAAGUAAAAUAAUUACACUUUAUUGUAAGACAUAUGAGGCUUGCCAUUUCAAAACCAGCGUACUGUCGCUAAUUGUUAUAAUUAGCAUACAAAUGUUGGCGGUAUUGUAUACUUUAGUGCAGAGAAGUAAUAAUACUUUUACUCAUAACGUUGAUAUAAUUAGUCGAUUCCAGUAAAUGACCCAUCAUUUUACUGCUUACAAUGUUGAGAAUAAGAAUUUAUAUUAAAAAGUGAAUUUUCAUUUUUUUGUUGCUGAUACUGGUUUUGGAUGGUAAACUCCAAAUAUGUGAUUGCUGGAUACUGUAAAUAUGAAAUGCAAGAGACAUUGUGAACGAUUUAAGGUUGAGUAAACUGGCUGUUUAUGUUCUAAAACUUAGUAUAUUUUCAGAUAGGGUGGUAAAUAAAAAAGUUUAAUUGAUGAUGUAAAUUGUACUGAAAGUUGUUUACAUUUGAUUGUCGCAACGCAGCUAGUAAAGCUUGGUUUCCAUAAAAUCGCUACACACUAUCGCUGACAGAUUUCGGCGGUGCUAAUUGCGUCAGCGCUAAUUGCGUCAGGGACAGCUACGCAGUGUAGCGAUAGCAGUGAAAUUGCUGUAGCUACAUUGUAGCGAUUUUUAUGGACACCAGGCUUACAAGCAAUUAGUAAACUAUAUUUCAACCACUAUUAAAAAAUUAGUGCCUAACGGAACCACUAGUGCAUGAAAAUAAUUUACCUGAUGAUGUUUCGAUUGUUUGUGAUGUGCUCUGUAUAAAAGUGUACUAUUCAUAACUGCCACAGGUAGAGGUUAACUCUUCCUUUUAAUCAAUCCAGGUUCGAGUGGUUAUCUUGUAGAAAAUUUUGUGAAAACUUUAUAAAGGAAAAUAAUAAAAUGUAAAAAAUAAUAAUAAUAUUAAACAUCAAUAUUGAAUAGUAGGCCUAUUUGAUGAAUACUUGUAUGAAAUGACAUUAAUAUUCCUAUAUGAAUAUACCACCGUUUAAAAUAAUAAGAAAAUAAAAAUAAAAUUACGUUAAAAGCUAGCCUCUGCAUUUGUAUCCGAGCAUUUACCAACUAAAUUGGGACAGAUACAGAUUUAAUAGUAUAAGCAGAUCUUAAGAAAAUAUUUUCUGUACCUUUGAUGUUUGACAUAUGUUGACAUAUUCUUUGUACUGUACCUGUGUGAAACUCUAGCAUGGUGGGUUUGAUUGAUUCUAUAUUUAGUCUGUAAAGACUUCAAUAUAUUUUGAAAGCACAGGAUAAUCAAUACGCUAAUGAAUAAAUUAUAAUGAUCCAUAAUAAUCCGUUUAUAUCAAACAAAACAGGGAGUAUUAUAAUAUAGUACAUUUAACACAUGGUUCUCACAAAAUAAAAUAUUAAUGGGCCAAGUGCUAAAUAUUACCAGGACUGUAUUUUACUAAGAUACAGUCGUCGUUACGUGAGUGAAUAUAAACGAUGGUAAAAAUUGAGGAAAUUUUUAUGCAGGAAGCUGUGAAGAUGCCACAUAGUGACUAUAAGCUGCACCCAAUGAGCAUACAUAAUGAUCCCUGCUAAAUAAUUUUGGAGUGUUAAACUUACUCAGGCUUCUGCGAUGUUUGUUUUUCUUGCAUAGAUAUUAUACACAGAUAGUCAUUCACACGGACAUUUAGCAGGGUACCUGUGACAUGGUUUACUUGCAUAAAUUGGGUAUAGAAACGACACCAGCUAUUGAGCACUUGUUAGCGUUCCACUUUCACCUGAAGAAAAGCACUGUGUGCUUGCCAGGCUGGUCUCUUGUGAACUAAUCUGAUAAAUAGUCUAUUAAACUACUACCUAGUGGCAGAGUCAAAGAAGGGGGGCAGCCAGCCCGCCACCCUAAAUUUGUUGAAAAUUUGUUUUAAUGGAGAAAAAAGGAAAAUUAUUUUCAAAUGUUAAGGCUGAGAGUGCCAUUUCCGACCAUCUAGACAUGCCAUAAUCAUAAAUUUGUUACUCGGCCCCAACCAUGAUUGGGCUAAGGUAGCCCUUCUGUCUGUGGAAGUCCUUCCAUGAGGCCACUGUAUUUCAAAUUCCUUGAUCUGCCACUGCUACCUGUAUCGUAAUAUCUGCUAUUAAUUCAGAUACCUAAAGAUACAUGACCAUGUGUAUCUAAUAAGCCUGGCAAUAAUAAUACAUUGAAAUGAUGGCUGUGUAUAUAUUUUUCAAUGUUAUUGUUAGUAUAUUCCCACUGGAAAAACAAAUUCUUUGCCAAUUAAAAUCUAAAUAAAUCACAUACUCAGUCUUUGUACAUACCUUUAAAUUUCUGCCAGCAAAAGAAUUUCAUAGUAAAAUGCCUGUAAAUCAUUAAUCUGAUUGUGUGAUUAUUAUGCGAGCAAUUUGUAUUUUUGAGGUUCUGACUUUUUUUGGGGAGGUUGUAGAUCUUAAAGGGUAAAUUAAAUGCAUCUUUUUCUUGUUUGUUCAGUUGGUUAUUAAUUACUAUUUCAUAAGAAAAUGCUUAUGAUAUGUUAUAAUUGGUUAUAUUAAUUAUAAUUGCUUGUGUUGCCAAAUCAUAUGCUUAUAAAACACAUACUUCUAGAUAAAAAUACACAAAACAAAAAAUGAAUAUAAACAAAAAGUUAAAAAAUGACACACUUUUUAAAGCAAUUAAACAAAAAUUAUAUUUGCUAUACAGUAACGUUCUUAGAAAGUUUGAAAACCUAAACAUUUUUAUAAAACAAUAAAAAGAUAAAUAUAAACAUAAUGUUUUUGACUGCACAAUUAAAACAUUGAAUUAACAGAGUUUGAAUAUUACAACAUCCAUAAAUCAAAAUUAAGUGUUACCUGCUGAAUUAUAAUUUAAAAUUAAAAAAAUGUCACAACACUAAUUAUAUUUAACAUUAAAACAAUGUAACUACAUCAUAAAUACUCA